AAAUACAGAAUGUAAACUCGUAAAACUCAACUCAUCUGUUCUUUAAAAAAUAAACAAAAAUGGAUAAUUCUCAAAAUUUCGUUAAUUGCUGCAUUUGCGGUGUUUCAGAUAAGCCCAUUGCCCCCCUUAAACUUCAAUAUUCUCACCAGAUAUGUGAAUUAUUGCGAAAGAGUGACAUUUUUCUACAAAAUUCACAAAUUUCGAGUUGGAAUAAUUGUGAUCACUGUUUAAAAUUAAUUUCUGAAUUAAAUCUCUUAAUAACCAUGCAAUGCGAAAUCGUGGAACGGAUUAAGAAAAAGAUUGCGAAAGAAGGGAAGACGAAAACCAGUAAUUUAUUCGAAACACCUGAUAUCAAGGAGGAGGAGGAGGAGGAAUACAAAUCCGAGACUGAAUUCGAAUCAUCCGAAUUUUUUUGCAAAAUUGAAGUGGAUCCUGACCCCGAUGAAUCGAUAAGUCACGACAACGACGAGGAGGAGGACACAUUUACUAUACAAACUUUUGACCCUCCAACACCCACUGGGGCCACAAGUUCCGAAGAAUCGGGAAGUCCCGACGAGGACUCCCUUCCUUUUGACCCCCUAUCAUCCCGAACUCCUGCCGGAGAGGCAACAACUUCCUCCAACACCAGCCGCCGUCCAAAAUCUCCCCCCGGACCACGAGUUUGCCCCACGUGUAACAAACUAUUCCGCGGAGGCCAUGCCAAACAACGCCUUCGCCUCCAUAUCGAGCACGUGCACGGAAACGUUCGAAAAUUUGCGUGUCCCUACUGCCCCAAUAAUCUCGCUUUUACCACGAAACAACUCUGGCUUCGUCACCUCCUCCAAAAACAUGAGAUCCUAACCCCCGAAAAAUCCUUGUCGUGCCCCACAUGCCCAAAAAAGUUCGCCAUUUCGCAGCUGCACAAGCGCCACUUAGAAAAUCAUGCGAAACUUGACAUGUUUCCAUUUUUCUGUCCCAUUUGCGACACCCGAUUUAAACGAGAAGGUCAAUUAAAACGUCACACCAUGGGAUCAUGUCCCCUCCUUGAGACGACGAGCAAGGAACAAAAAACGUUUCCGUGUUCUAACUGCGAUGCCAAAUUUUUGCAACCGAUUAAACUGGCGAUUCAUCAAAGAUCACGACAUCCCGAGCUCUUAACGUGGAUUUGCGCCACGUGCGGCUCUCUUCAUUUGACGGAGUCUCAUCUCGCGACACAUUCCCUCCUUCACGAAAAUUCCGAUUCGUAUGGUUGCCUCGUCUGUAAAAGGGGCAUCUUCAACACAAAAGACCACCUGAGUCUGCACCUCUCAAAGAAUCACACCGGCGAAGCAACCAUCCCCUGUGGCGUCCCAGGCUGUCCCGCCCUCUUCCCGAACGUGCCUAGCAAGCUACAACACAUGGGAUCCGCGCACAACGAGGCCGUCUUUCCGUGUACCUCGUGCGCCGAAAAGUUCGUCACUUUAUCCGCGAGAAUUGCGCAUGCCCAAAGCGCCCACAAGGACGCCGGCCUCGAAUCCUUUCCCUGCGAGUGGGACGCGUGUGGGAAAGUGUUUACGACUCGGGCCGCGUUGGGAAGGCACGUGCGCAAGCUGCAUAUGCGGAUUGGGCACAAAAUGUGUGAAAUUUGUGGGAAGGAGUUAACCACGCCGCAAUCUUAUCGGGAUCAUAUGAAGAUUCAUAACGGGGUGAAGGACAUCAUUUGCGAGGUUUGCGGGAGGGGGUUCACGUGUCGGAAGAUUUUAGAGUGUCACAUGGUCACCCACACGGGGGAGAGACCGUUCAAGUGUAAAUUCUGUGAGAAGGCGUAUACGCAGAGACACGUGCUCACAAGCCAUGUGAGGAAGGUGCAUGGGAACGAUUAAAAAUUAGGGCAUAUAUAAGUAGGAAAACCUAAUAUUGGGCGACAUAACAUGCGUCGCAACUCAUUUAAUCAUUUUUUACUCAAAUCCUAAAAACUUCCUGAAAUCUGUCAAAGCUUCGCAAGUUUUUUUUUGCAUUGGCGAAGUAUGCGAACAUUUGUGAUUUGUGAAAAUUUGAGAAAUUUGAGAUUCACCAUGCGUACAUACAUGUAAAUAUGGUGACACGAUUCAGUAUUUCUGCUACAGUGGGUUUUUUUUCAGUUAUAUCUUUCUUAAACAAUAAAUGUGUUAAUUACAUGUAGGAAUGGUUAGAAUCUAUGCAAAAAAUAAAGUUUGAACAAAUUUUAAGUUCAAAAUUAAUUUGCGAACAACUCGUAAUGAAAAAUCGUUAUGCGAAUGUGACAUGUCUGGUAUUAAAUUUCUGUAACCAAAUUAUUACACAAUUAUAUUUCCUUGUACAUAUAUUUACUUAUUUAACUGAUGUUGUUACAAAAUGUGGGUUCAGUAAUGUGCACAUACAUACAUAUCUGUUCAAAAAUUUAGUUUUCAUGCAAAAAAGUCCGUUAUCUCUAUUUUUGA